GUCCCUGGAGGCGGGACAUAGCUGUAUGAAGCACCUGAUUAGUCAGUGCUGCAGUUCUGCACAGGAAAUGUGUCCAAACUGAGCUACAUUACUUCCGGUACGUGUUUCUUCCUCCACCGGCUUGUAAAAAAGAGACCUCCAGGGCAGAUUCGUCCUUCCUGAGUGUGUAAGGGAUCAAACAGGAAGUGGAGUGAGACAGGAUGGAUCUCAGGCCGUUGCUGUUGUGUAUCGUGCUUUGUGUGGCUUAUGUCUCCACUAAACCCAUGGAGAAGAAGGACCGAGUCCAUCACGAUGCUCCUCUCAGUGACAAGGAGCACGACGACGAGGAGAGUUUCGACUACGACCACGAAGCCUUCCUCGGCCAGGAGGAAGCGAAGACCUUCGACCAGCUCACGCCAGAAGAGAGUAAAGACAGACUGGGUAAAAUCGUGGAGAAGAUCGAUGAGGAUCACGACGGCUUCGUGACAGUGGACGAGAUGAAGAACUGGAUUAAACAUGCACAGAAGCGCUGGAUUUAUGAAGACGUGGACCGACAGUGGCAGGCUCAUGACCUCGAUUCAGAUGGACACGUGUCCUGGGAGGAAUACAAGAACGCUACAUAUGGCUACGUCCUCGAUGAGUCGGACCCUGAGGACGGGUUUAACUACAAGCAGAUGAUGAGCAGAGACGAGCGUCGGUUUAAAAUGGCAGAUAAAGACGGAGAUCAGCGAGCGAAUCGUGAGGAGUUCACGGCGUUCCUGCACCCUGAGGAGUACGGAUACAUGCAGGACAUCGUGGUUCUGGAGACCAUGGAGGACAUCGACAAGAACGGGGACGGCUUUAUUGACCUGGAGGAGUACAUCGGUGAUAUGUACAGUCAGGACGGAGACUCUACUGAACCAGAGUGGGUGAAGACGGAGCGAGAGCAGUUCACUGAGUUUAGAGAUAAAAAUAAAGAUGGACGGAUGGAUAAAGAGGAGACAAAAGACUGGAUUCUGCCGUCUGACUACGAUCACGCUGAGGCUGAGGCCAAACACCUGCUGUAUGAAUCAGACACAGAUAAGGAUGGACGUCUGACGAAGCAGGAGAUCGUGGAGAAGUACGACCUGUUCGUCGGGAGCCAAGCGACAGAUUUCGGAGAGGCUUUAGUACGACACGACGAAUUUUAAUCCCAAAACGUCUGAACAUGAAGGAAAAACAAAAUGGACUGUAAUUUAUUUCCUGAUUCGUCACAAACGAUCGUACAAACUUCCAUAACUGAGAGUUAUGUACAGUUACAAUUUUCUAGGUUUUUAUUUUUAUUUGGAAAAGGAAAUAAUCCGUGAUGAAUUAAGUUCAUUUUUAUGUGUGGAAGUUUUACGUUUAUUCCUUAUGUAGAUGCAUAGCUCCAUAUUUGUGUGUGUGUGUGUGUGUGUGUGUGUGUGUGUGUGUGUGUGUGUUAAUGCACUGAACACUUAAAGUAUUCUCAGAUCGUUUGGUAUAAAGUUUUUUUUGGGAGUGUUCAGGUCUCUCCAGAGCCGUGAGGAAGGAGAUGAUUAAACCUCAGCAGAACACCAGGCCCUGAACACCAGGCCCUGAACACCAGGCCCUGAACACCAGGCCCUUGGUCACUACAUGUAGCGGUGCUGAUUAAGAGCAUUGCUCACGAUUCACGCAUUAACCACUGCGUACAUUUUAUUAACAAUAUUUUAAGGUUCAGCGAUUUGUGUUCCGUCCUGCAUAAGUGUGUUAUAAUGAGGCACGGCAGCUUUAUUUUACUUCUCUUCACUACAUGCUGUUCCUCUGUAUCAUGAGCUAAAGGAUGAACACGGUCAGAUCAACAUUUUGUUUUUUGUGUCCUUUUUUUAUUUCAUUACUAUUUUCAGUCCGAUGUUCAGUAUUCACCGAGCUUCCGUUUCCAAACCAGGUGUUGGAUUUCUGUGUGCGAUCCGUCUGUAUGACCGAUGACUGAAAUGAGAUGUCCAGGUGUAAUGCUUCAGUACAAAACCAUUUGGGUUUAAACUGUAACGCUGUAUGUGGUGAGUUGUGAUGGUGUGAAUACAGAACAUCCUUCACCUGAGGAGAAGCUUUCACAAUAAAAUAUAUGAAAACUAA